GUGCAGCCCGCCCACUCUCUCUCAUGCAGCGCUUGGAUGUGAUGAUCGGAGUGGCAGAGGGGCUGCAGUACCUCCACAGCUUUGGCAUCGUGCAUCGUGACAUCAAGCCCGCCAACAUCCUGCUCGACAGCAACAUGCAGGCAAUGGUAGCCGAUUUUGGGCUGGUGAGGAUGGGCGAGGGCACGACCGUGGGAGCAACGCGGGUGAUGGGCACACCGGGCUAUGUGGACCCGGCGUAUUUCAAGUCUCAGAAGGCCACUCCUAUGGCUGACGUUCACAGCUUUGGAGUGGUGAUGCUCACGAUCCUGACGGCACGCAAGGCCAUCUGCAACUCGGAGGACAACCAGAUCAACCUCAAGCAAUGUGUGGCCCCGUUCAUAGCAGCCAAUGACGGAGUGACCUUCAAAGACCCGGCCUUCGACGCCCCACCAGACAUUAUCCUGCGCCUGGCACGCCUGGCGCUCAGCUGCACCGCCAUGCCCACGGCGCUCCGCCCCAACAUGAUCAAAGUGCUUGCUGAAUUGGAGGCUCUGCGCGAGGAGGUGUGCGGUGCCACCCGUAACCGGAUGGCGAGGCAGAUUGACAUGGAGAUUGACGACAAGCAGGGGCACAACCUGGAGGAGGAGGUGGCGAAUGCGAUUAGAAUAGGGUCGAGCGGAGGCGGUGGAGAGAGUAGUAAAUCGCAGUGA